GGCGAUUCUCCCAACCGCAUCUGUCAUUUUAACGUGACUUCAUACUCGACUCUUGCCCUAGUCCCCGUCCUUACUUUGUCAUUUAACGUGUUCAGAUCAUCAACCCUGGAAACCUUUACUGAUGAAUGGCACCGCCCGCCCUACACACGGUGACACACGAUGAGAUGAUAUGAGGUGAUAUGAAAACUUGAGCACCAGAGAAAGCGACAGCAGAACGACCCGCGUCAAGGAUAUCCUCCCCACAGAGAUAUUGCUUCCCACUCAAUCUUGAUCAUGGCCAACGGAUACAGCAGUCAGCUGGAUUCGUUCGAGCGAUACCACCAAGCUCAAGAACGGCAGUCCACCCCUCCAAAAACCAAUACUCCCCUCCUCGAAGCCCUCGGCCAUGGCAUUGCCGGAUCUACGGGGGCUGUUAUCUCCAAUGCCCUGCUCUACCCUGUCGAUUUGAUCAUCACCAGACUCCAGAUCCAACGUCAACUGCGGAAAGACAAAUCCACCCCCAGCGAUGACGAAUACCACUCCUUCCUCGAUGGAGUCUCGAAAAUCUACCACAACGAAGGUGGUAUCGCAGCUCUUUAUACCGGUCUCUGGCAAGAUACCAGCAAAACAGUGGCCGACUCGUUCCUCUUCUUCCUUUCAUAUUCAUUUCUCCGAGACCACAGAUUGUCUCAGCGCCAUGCCGGCGCAAAGGGCCUACCUCCACUCGAAGAACUCGGUGUCGGGUUCAUCGCGGGCGCUCUGACAAAGUUGGCCACCACUCCAAUCGCCAAUAUCGUAACAAGAAAGCAAGCAGCAGCACUACUCGCCGCCAAAGAAGAAGGCGAUACCUUUGAGGUCCCCUCGACUCGUGACAUUGCUCGAGAUAUCCAUACCGAGAAAGGUGUCUUAGGCUUCUGGUCAGGUUAUUCGGCCAGUCUUAUUCUAACACUCAACCCCAGCAUCACGUUUUUUCUCUUUGAAACGCUCAAGAGAUUGACAGUUCCGCGGUCCCGUCGUGACCAUCCUCCCGCGAGCGUCACCUUUCUACUUUCUGCUUCCAGCAAAGCCAUUGCCAGCUCGAUUACAUACCCAUUCAGCCUGGCCAAAGCGCGACUUCAAGCAGGAGCCAAACGCGAAGGCCAAGACGAGAAAGAAGCGGUGGAGUCGGAAAUCCAAGGUGACAAGAAACGAGAAGUGGUGCGGGCUACCCUGUUUUCGACGAUGCUCGCCAUCAUUCAGAACGAAGGCCCUUCGGCCCUGUACCAAGGGCUGCAAGUCGAGGCUCUGCGGGCAUUCUUCUCCCACGGGCUGACCAUGUCGGUGAAGCAAGUCGUGCAACGAUUUUUGGUCAAAGCGUACUAUGUCCUCAGCAUCUUACUGUCGCGAUACCAGCGCAAGUUGGGCACUGGCGGCAAGAGGAUGAAAGAGAGAGCCAAGACGUCGGUUGAGUAUUAUAACCUGGCAUUGGCGCGCGUGGGUGAGAGAGUCGAGAAGGCGAGUGAAUCAAUAAAGCAAAAGGCGAAUGAAACGGCCGAGUUUGUAGCAGAAUACGUCGAAGAGGAUGGUGUGGUCGGCAGCAACACUGAGUGGAGGGAUUUGUAUGGUACGACAGGAUUGGCACGGUGGCUGGACGGAGAUCGGACGGGCGAAUGAGUCUGGCGUCGACAACAAAGAGAUUGGCUGUGGAUGAUUGAAUGCACAGUUUAUCGAAUCCCAAGG